GACUUAUCGAUAGCUCCCCCAUCGCCGCCAGCUGUUUUUCAUUGCUCCCCUCCACCCACACAUACAGUUAUUAUCAUUGCGAAAACCAAGUGCAGCAGCAGUUACAUUUUUAAGAGCCAGCGAAAGCAACAAAUCCGUCACAGCCAGUGGAAGAUGGAUCAAUAACAGGGCUAAACCCUCAACAGUGCCCGCUAAUUGGAUUGCCUUGGACCCCAACAAACCCCAGGAAGCGGAAAACUUGGACCGCUUGAAACGCUUACCAGAUACACAAAACAAAGAAGGAAAACUGAAUCUUAAGAUGAAAGCAACCAAAUCCCGAGCUGCUCGAUUGACCAGCUUGACGGAAGAUGUGACUGCUGUGCCCGAGGAUGCACCGUUUCGGGCUCGCCUUCAUUACCUCUUCACCCAGAUUGAACGGGAGUUCGAGCAGCUUUACCUGGAGAAUCAAAGCUUGCAGGAAAAGUUGGACAAUGUCACAAGCAACAAGGACGCAAAGGAACCUCAGCAAGAGCAGCGAUCCACCGCCGGCGGAGUAAUCACUACUCAGCCAUCGUCCACAGCCUUAGCGACGCCACCCAUUCAAACGGAUGAUGGAGGCGCCAGCUUCUUGGCUGCCGCUGCGUCUAGCACGCACAAGACUCUGAAGGCCAAGCUGAGUAGCGCCACCGGAGGCAGUAAGGCUAAGGCCAGCAAUAAGAUCAAGGCACAGACCAGUCGCAUUGUUUCCAGCUUCAAAGCCCCAACGGUGGUCAGCACGGUGGUGCGAGAGUUUGCAGGUCAUAAGGACGGAAUCUGGCAGGUGGCCGCCAAGGCAGGUCAGCCUAUUAUUGGCACAGCCUCCGCUGAUCAUACAGCGUGCAUAUGGGGCGUCGAAAGUGCCAGGUGCCUGCUACAGUAUCAGGGGCACGCAGGAUCUGUCAACUCUAUAAAGUUUCACCAGCAACGGGAUCUUGUGCUUACCGGGAGUGGAGAUGGCACUGCUCACAUCUGGCAAGCGGCCGUUAAUUGGGAGGUGCCCAAAAAGGGGCACUCAUCCGAGGAGGAGUUAGACGAUAGCGACGAACAGGUUGAAGACCGUGAUCGCGUGGACACCCUUCGCACACCGCUUUGCGAAUUCACUGGCCCAGGUGGUCACCUUUCUGUGGUUGUGGCAGCCGACUGGCUUUCCUCUAUGGAUCAGAUCAUCACAGGCAGCUGGGAUAGGACAGCCAUUCUUUGGGACGUGGAGACUGGACAGCCGCUUCAGCCACUUACUGGCCAUGACCAUGAAUUAACUCACGUUUCGGCCCAUCCCACACAGCGACUAGUCGUUACUGCAUCUAGGGACACCACGUUCCGUCUGUGGGAUUUCCGCGAGGCCAUUCCUGCAGUGUCUGUCUUUCAGGGCCACACAGAAACGGUCACGUCGAGUGUUUUCGCCAGGGACGACAAGGUUGUGUCCGGGUCGGAUGAUCGGACUAUUAAAGUAUGGGAACUGCGCAACAUGCGCUCCGCCCUCGCCACAAUUCGCACGGAUUCCUCAGUCAAUCGAUUAGCCGUCUCCACUGGAGGAAUAAUUGCCAUCCCACAUGACAAUCGACAAAUUCGUCUCUUUGAUUUGAAUGGCCAACGUGUGGCCAGGUUACCAAGAACCAGUCGGCAGGGCCACCGGCGCAUGGUGUCGUCGGUGGCCUGGGCGGAAGAACCUUUGUUGGAUUGCGACCUUUUCUCCUGCGGCUUCGAUCGUCGCGUCUUUGGCUGGUCCAUCGUCCUGCCGAAGGACAAUUGAAGGUGGCUGAAGCAGUGAGCUGCUUUAAAUGAAAAAUAGGGACAAAGGAGGAGCAGGAGCCGUGCUCCGCAACAUGUCUUGUAUCUCGAAACGACCAUUCUGCAGGGAUGCUCGUACUUAUGUGUAGCCGUUUAUUAUAGAUCAAGUAUCAAGUAUUAUGCAGACACUAUUCAAGAUGUUUUAGAAUCUAUAUGUCGCCCUAUGAGUGUAAUUAUCGUUGCUUUUGCCAAAUAGUCGUGGCAUUUCACGUGCUGCAUGUACUACACACUAUCACUGUUAUAGCAUAUACAUGGGGGUUGGGAUUGGAAUCGGUGGGGUACGGGGGAUGCGAAUGAGGACUUCCAGUUCCAAUUUUAUCUGUGUUUUAUUAUCAAAUACAUAUUUUAGGUGUCUAAGGCAUUGACGUUAUACCAAACAUUGAAUAAACAUAAUCAAUAGCCCGUUUUAUAGCUGGGUAUAUCAUAAA